AUGACUGUGGAAAAGCAGGUUAAAGUCAGCAGCUCUGCUGUGCGCUAUGGCGCAUCCUAUGGAGGCAACAGGCUUUUUGCUUCAGCCAGGAGCAGUGGUAGAGUUGGAGGAGGAAUUGGAGGAGGAUAUGGAGGAGGCUUUGGAGGAGGAUAUGGAGGAGGAUUUGGAGGAGGCUUUGGAGGAGGCUUUGGAGGAGUUGGACUCUCCAGAGCUGUCGGGCUAGGAGCAGGAGCAGGUGGAGCAGGCUUUGGAUUUAGAGGUGGUCUGGGUGGUGGUGCUGGUCUGAGAGGUGGGUUUGGUGCAGGAGCAGGGUUUGGGCUAGGAGGUGGCAUUGGUGCAGGAGGUAGAGCUGGAGGAGCCUUGGGUGUACUUAAGGGUCGCAUAGGAGUUAGAGGUUUCAAGGUAGGCAGCUAUGGUGGAGGUCCAUCCCUGCUGUUUGCUGGUGGCAGGCCAGGAUUUGGGGGACCAGGAGGAUUUGGAGGACCAGGGGGACUGGGAGGAUUUGGAGGACCAGGGGGACUAGGAGGUGGUCCAGGUGGUCCCGACAUCCCAUCUAUUGACCCAUCCCUCCCCUCUGUGGACACUGUUCAAAUCACCCGCAUGAAAGAGAGAGAGGAACUCCAGGGCCUCAACAACAAGUUUGCAAGCUUCAUUGACAAGGUCCGCAGUCUGGAACAACAGAACACCAUUCUGAAAGCCCAGAUCAAUCUCUACAACAGAAGUGACCCCAGUGGUCCAGCCAACGCCGGAGUGGUCGCAACUACUGCUGUGGCCGGCUACAAAGCCCAGGUUGAAACCUUAACCCAAACCAAGACAGCACUUUUGGCAGAAAUUGAUCACUACAAGUCAGUGAUUGAAGAAAUCCAAUCCAAAUUUGAUGAGGACAGCUCAAGCACCAAGGGCCUGGAGGCUGAAUGGACCACACUCAAAGAGGAUGUCGAUCACUUGUACCUGACAAUCUUUGACUUACAGACCAAACUAACUGGAAUUGAGGAUCAGAUCGCUCUUUCCAAACAGCUCUAUGAUGCUAAAGUCAGAGAAGUCCAGACCAUCAUCACCAGCGGCACAAAGGCAGCCAUCUCCAUCUCAUUCGACAACUACGCCCAAGCUGUGGACCUGUCAUCGGCCAUUUCUGAAAUGAAAUCGCAGUAUGAAUUACUUGUUGCCAGGACCAAACAGGAGGCAUUCGCAGCAGCCGAGAACAAGAUCUUCUUGGUAUCAGGUUCUACACAGCCAACCGUACAAGCACUUACAGCAUUCAAGGAAGAAUAUAGGACGGUCAAACUCCAGGUUGACGCCGUUCAACGCGAGAUUGAGAGGGUUAAGUCUGUGAACAUUCAGCUGGAGUCUUCCAUCACAGAAUCCGAGAGCAGCUCUACCAGCGAGGUUGACACCUACCAAGAGCAGUCCGUAGCUCUUAAAACUCAACUAGAUGACAUUAGAAAGCAAAUUGCUCACUAUGGCCAAGAAUACCAGGAUCUGCUGGCCGUGAAGAUGGGAUUGGAUGUAGAAAUUACAGCCUACAAGAAACUGAUGGACAGUGAAGAAUUAAGACUUAACAGCGGAAGCGGCAUCACUGUUCACAUGACCAAAUCAACCGUAGGAGGAGCUGCCGGAGGUGGUGGUGGAGGAGCUGGACUGGGUGGUGGCUAUGGAGGUGGCUUUGGAGGUGGCCUUGGCGGUGGCCUUGGCGGUGGCCUUGGAGGUGGCCUGGGCGGUGGCUUUGGAGGAGGCCUGGGCGGUGGCCUUGGAGGUGGCCUCGGUGGUGGACUUGGUGGCGGCCUUGGUGGUGGACUUGGCAGUGGUCUCAGCUUGAGCCUUGGCGGUGGAGGAGGAGGAGGAUAUGGAUUUGGUUCUAGCUUUGGAGGCGGAUUACAGUAUGGAAGCCUUAACUCCAGCUCAAUAUCCACUUCCACUGCUUUUUGAAGAUCAGGAAUGUGUUAUUGAAGAACAGCCUCUAUUACGAAUUUCUGAGAAAUCCCAUUGAACCACCUUGCUGUGAUAAUAGAAACCCAGCUGGAUUUUUCUCCAUACAAAAAAAUAAAAAUAAAAUAAAAAGUUACUGUAUAUCUGCACUUAACGGGCUUCCAGAGAAGACGACAUCGCUUUAAGAUCCUCUUUGAUUUUCUAACACGGGACUUUGUUGUAUUGUUCGUAUUGACCAUUUUGUAUUAUGCUUCUUCUGUGUAAGCUUAUGGUGAUUUUAGGCUUUACAUUUGUUGAUAGUUUUUUUUUUUCCAUUCCUUUCCUGUUCCAUUUUUCCACCAAAGGAUAAAUUAUACAUGUAACCCCGCGCUUGCCACAUAAAUCUCUAAUUACUGAGCUGCAGGAAAUUUAGCCUAAUCUGGGAAUUAUCACUGAGCUAUGGACUGCUGAACAGACAAGGGCAAAUCUCCUCCACACUGCAUGUAAUGCGGAAAGCGUGCAAUAAUAUACUUGCGGUAUGUGUCAUGACGGAGAUUGACGUGCUGCCAAGAAUUACACUUUCAACUUCCAGGUACAGGCACCAUGUUUUGUUUUUACAUAAAGGAGCGUGAUAGAGUCUCCCGCAGAGUCCUUGUAUCCAGAGAACAUUUAGCAGAUCCCUGUGCGAAUAAGGGCUUUAUGUUUUCAAAAAUGUAAAGAAAU